AUGGUGUUUUUGAAGAAUCGUCGAUUCUUGCGUAGAAAUCAUCCAUACCGAAAGCAGGCUGCAGCAUUUGACAACACGAUUGAGAAUGAAGUCGCCCCUGAACCAUUAAGUGGAGAAGAGGUUCUGGCAAGGGUUGAAGGACUGCCUUGUGAGUUUGGAAAAACUCAAAAGCCUGCCAAGCGAGGUGAUCAACCCAGACCUUGCUGGAAAAAAAAAAGCAUGUUCUUUGAACUUGAAUACUGGAAAUAUAUUCCAAUACGCCAUAUUCUUGAUGUGAUGCACAUUGAGAAGAAUUGUUGUGAUGCCAUAAUUGGGACCCUCUUGAAUAUUCCUGGCAAGACAAAGGAUGGAGUUGCUUGCCAUUUGGACAUGGUCGAUAUGGGCAUCAAAACUGACUUGAAAGUGGUAGCUGGGGAGAAAAAGGCCAAGUUGCCUUUGGCUAGUUGGAAUUUGCUGCAUCAUGAGAAAAAAAUAGUCUGCAUAUCCUUUUUUGGAAUGUCAGUUCCUACACGCUUUUCCUCAAAUAUUAGUAAUUUGGUCUCCAUGGAAGAUUUAAAACUGGUCGGUCUUAAGUCACAUGACUGCCACACAGUGAUGCAGUACCUACUCCCUGUUGCAUUAAGAUCAGUUCUAGAGAAGCCUGUUAGGUAUGCCAUUAUUCGGUUCUACCUAUUUUUUAAGGCAAUUUGUAGUAAAGUCAUAGAUGUUUCUAGACUUAAACAAAUGCAAGCAGAUCUGGUUGAUACCGUUUGUUUGCUUGAAAAAUUCUUCCCACCUUCAUUUUUCGACAUUAUGAUUCAUCUAACAGUACAUCUUGUUAGAGAAGUUGAACGGUGUGGCCCUGUGUUUUUCCGAUGGAUGUUCCCAUUCGAGAGGUACAUGAAAGUACUCAAAGGGUAUGUUAAAAAUCGACAUUUUCCUGAGGGCUGCAUGGCUAAGAAGUAUAUUGUUGAAGAAGCUGUAGAGUAUUUAGAAGUGCGUAUCCAUUCUGAAGGUGGUAUCACUGUGGGAAUUCCAUCGACAAGCAAAGCUGGAAACUACAAACAAAGUAGGCCCUUAUCACGACCAACUAUCACAUAUGUGUACAGAAAGCAGAUGCAUCUUGCACACCUUUGUGUCUUACAAAAUACUGAAGACGUCUAG